AGUGUAUUUAUAUAUUUGUUUUUAUAUACAUGCACACACAUAUAUUUUAUAUACAUUUUAUAUAUUCUAAAAUACAUUUUUUUUAUUAUGAGCAAUAUAAUAUAUGUAUAAUUAUAAAUAAAUUUUUAUCAUGGAUUUUCUCAAUUAUAGAUCAUCUAAAUUAAGAUUUGUAUUUUCUAUUUUAUAUUAGAGACGAGUCAUUUUCCUGAAUGUAAAUUGAAAAAAUCACUUACAAGUUUGAAUUACUUUAAUAAUUACAAUUAUCAAAAAUUAAUUAAAUAAAACUUGUAAUUUUUACAUGACUAAACCUACAAUUAUUAGUUUCAACGAUUUUUCAAUUAAAAUGAUAAAAUAUUACACCCAGUAACUCAGCCACUCUCCACUCCAGCAUGCGCUAGAACCUUCGACUGUCAAUUUCUUGCCGUCCAGUGGAUUUGGACCGUUGGGCGUGCGAGCGAACGACCGGCAGAAAACAUUUGAAAAGCGACACUAUCGUGACAGCCGAGCAGUGCUUUGUUUUGUGGAAUUAUUUUUCAUUCCGUCUACAGCUUCGGAGAAAGGCUGCUCUUUACUGUUUUCCCGAUUGCCUCGUUCAAUCUGAAGCAUUUAUAAUUUGACUCGAAACGUUCAAUAAAGAUUUAGGAAUAUUCUCAAGAAUUCAUCAACCUUAAAGUACAAACUCGAUAUUUCUCUUACAACAAAAGAAGCGUUUUCGAUAAAAGACGUAGAAGUUAAUUCAGCAGGAUUUUGCUAUAAGUUAGCCAAAUCUGUGAAGAGAAACACAAAAUUAUAAGAUGGAGAUUCUGCCGCAAGACUCGUACGUAUCACCCGAGCGGUGCUCUUUUGGAAUUCACGAGAUCCCCACGAAGAUUGAAUUAUCGAUCGGGGAAGAUCAAAACAAAGAUGUCACGAAAAAAUACGUUUCUUGUCUCGAUUUGAUUGCGAAUUCGACACUAAUGGAUCGAGACAAAGUGUUCGAUGAAAAUGCAGAGAUGAUCUUGCUGGAGCAAAACCAGGCGACCGAUCGCGGCAGGACUAGCAGCGUGAGUCGUCGCGUGAUCGAAUUGAGUGACAAUGAUUCCAAAAUGAUCUUGCGGCGGCAACUCGGAGAUAUGGCGGAGCAGGGAAGUUCGAGUUUACGAAGCAACGCGAUGGAUUAUGAAAAUAUGGAAAUUCUGCGAAAGCUACCGCCAGACACGAUCGUAAUAAGGCAAAAAACGAAAUCAGAUAUGGAGGACAGCGAUUACAGAGAAUUGACGGAAACGAAUAGUAAUGGCAGUAGUUCAACUUCCGGCUGUGCGGAUGUUAAGACGAAAGGAAUUUCACGAGCUCUCCGAAACAAAAAUCUCAAAACGAUAGAGGUGAGACGAAACCCUAUGCGAGUAUCCAAGAGAAAUAUCGAUAAAAAUUUUUCCCGAUCUAAACGACUGUUGGCUAACAGCAAGAGAGAGUUCUAUUCGGAUUACGAGUUCGGGAAACGUAUAAAAGUGUCUACAAUGCCGUACAUGAACACCAGAUCUGUCACCCGAAAGAUGUAUACCGUAGGUGCUACUUAUCAGGCACCUACGAAGAAGGACGAGUUGGAAUGGAAGGAGUGGCCUGUGCAUGGAAUGCAUGAGAGACCGGUCUACCAUCCUCAAGCUGGUUUAGCAAUGGAGUAUUUAGGGAGAUACUUCACUAGCCUCGACGGAUUAUCUUAUUGUGAAAUCAUCGAUGAGCCUGAUAUCGAAGUGGUCUCUGUCGAUCCGCACUGCGACGGACGAGUCUCUCCGCCUGAAAAGAAGUCAAAGGGAAAGAUGAAAGCGAAAGGCAAGGCACGUUCGUCGAAUACGAAAAAUGCGUGGAACACUUACCUCUCCAUGGACAACAAGUCUUUCGAGACGUGCAUGCACGAGAGUCUUCACUGCGUGUUCGGUUACUGUUCGCAAGUUAUGACGCCAGCUUAUAAACAGGCCGUAGAAGAAAAGAUGACGAAAUUGACUAUUUCUUCGGCCAAGACUCAGAGCUCUUCAGGAUCAUCGGCGAAGGAGAUAACGAGCGCCAAGAGUAACGUCGCAAUCUCUUCAGAGAAUACCGCUAAGCUCGCGGACGAAACCAAAUUACUCGAAGCUUAUGCUAUCGCUAUGGCGCAAAGCAUUCAAAAUAAAAGCACCACUGGUAGUACAAAUGAUCAGAGAGUCACUCCGACUUUUCCUUCAUCAUCUUCAGCGACGUAUGUACCAGAAGCGCAGAGAUCGACUGCGGAGCACAACGGCUCAAAAACUAUCUCACAGAAUGGAGAGAUGAUCAAGAUGAAUUUGAAACAGAUUAUUCGGGGCGCUCCAAACAGCUCUCUAAUUCUGUUGAGAGGUUCGACUGCGAGAUCCGCGAGCAGCGACGUUUGUGCAGCAUCCACGAAAAAUGUAUUUGGCUCGGCCAAGUUGGAAGAUACGUCCAGCGACGAGACGAUGACGGGGAUGUCGUCAAUCUACAAGAAACUGACGUUUACGAAAGAACCGGCUUCGAGAUGCGAGGAAUCGCCGGUGAAUAACAACUUGUACACCCUGAAGAGAUAUGCCGCGAAUACGCAAGAAUACGCGCCAAAGAAGGCCUUUCUCGAGAAUCAGUUGGAUAACAAAAAGAUCGUCCAAGUCAUGAAGCAGGCGCACGAAAGCAAAAAUCCUGCUGACAAAAUAAAGCUCAACAGAGAGUCAGAUGGUAGAACAUCCACGAUGAAUUCUGGUAAGAAACUCGCAUGGUGCACAAGCAGAACUUCGGAGAUUGCUAGAAUCUUAUCAGAAUACAACAAGAGCACGGUAAACGCAAGAAAGCCCAUGGUACAGAACCAAAUGUAUAACUCAAGAGAUAUGAAAAUGAUGAAUCCCAACAUAAAAAAUUUACCGAAAAACCUCUGGCAGAAGAAUAAAGCAGCUGAUGAAAAUCAGCAAUUCAUAUCCAAUGCAAGUGCGAGUUUUGAUUUCCCGCAGGGGAAAUGGAAAAGGUUUCAUCUGAUGGUGGAGAAGACCAAGGAUAGUCAAACUGGUGACAAUGAUCAAAAUGUUUGGAAGAGAUCCCCGACAUUAUUAGAAAAUCACAAAGUUCCUUUAACAGAUCAACAAGUGAACUUAAACACGUUGAAUUAUAUAAGAAAAAAUUCUAUCGAUUCCCGUAAAGAUCUGAACGAACACGAAAUUAUCAUGGUUAAUGUAAAACCGAAAGAUAAAAAGUCGGAAUGUCCGAAAGAUGAAACGGAGACCUCAAAGAUAGGGUCGUUGCAAGAACUUCUAGAAAAUACUGCGAUCUUAUAUUGUGCCGCCAACGGGGUUCAUCAAGACGAUCUGUCGGAUUAUAUCGAUACUCUCGACAGCAAACAAAGCAUUCAAUGGCUAGAGACUUACAACAAUUCCAUCGUGUAAAAAGUUAAAGGUAGACUAGUAUUUUAUUUAAUGUAUAUGAUAUCAUUAAGUUCAUAGUUAUGUUUAUUCAUUAAAAUAGUUUUAUCAAUGAGAUAAUUUUAUGGGAAGGUUUUACUGUUUAGAAUAAACAGAUAUUCUUUUACUUUAUUUUAUCUUAUUCAAUAAAACAACACACAUAUAUAUAUAUAGAGAUAUUAUACUUUUUUCACUUUGAAUUAAAUUAGAUUGAGAUAAAAUUUUUCAACAUUUUUUUAUACGCCAAGAUAUUAUUUGGCGUAUAAACUGAUGUGAAUAAACACAUUUAUAUUUUACUACUUGGAACUAUUAAACAUUUACGCACAUGUGCUCGUGCAUAUACGUGGAAGUUUGACUUUACAAAUGCUAUUUACGUUAAUCUCUACGAUAAAACUGUUUUGUUUUUUGUGAUUAAUAUCACGCCGCCAUUAAUUCCAGCCUGUAUAAAAAGGAUAUAAAUGACUAGAAUUGCAGAAUAAAUAAAUAACAAUACCACGAUGCCCAAA